AUGGGCUGCACCUGUAAACUGUACUCGCUCAGACCAAGGGAGUACAGCUUGUUUGCACCGAAUCAGCCGUCAGGAAGGCGCCAGCUGAUCCAGCAGCAGGCUCCGCCCUCCUACGGUCAGCUGAUCGCUCAAGCGGCAUCAUCCUCCCCCGGUGGAGGACUGUCCCACAGGAAAACCCCAACGAGUGUGCUGGCCUACGCUGUCCACUGUCAGACGGACGCUGAUGGACGUCCUGUGGCCGGGGUGGUGGUCCUCUGCAGGGACCGGCUGACCGGAGCCACAUACAGCCACCAGGCUACGGUACAGACUGUGAUCCACGAGCUGCUCCAUGCACUUGGUUUUUCUAAAGAUCUCUUCCACACCUGGACCGACUGUUCCUCCAAAUCUCAAGGGAGUGCUGUCUGCUCUCCUCGAGGCAAAGUGACUCACUCUGAUGCUUCGGGUCAGAUGAGGAUCUACACCCCCUCCGUCAUCUCCGCCCUGCAGAGGCUCCUGGGGUCCGCUGACCCUGAGCUGGGGGGGCCGCUCGAGAACCUGGAUCUUCCUCUGGGGAGGACGUCCUCUCACUGGGAGGCCCGGGUCCUGCAGGGCUCCAUCAUGGCGGCGGUGCUGGAGGACCCCCCCACGGUCCGGAUCGACCCGGUCACCCUGGCUGCUCUACAGGAUACAGGCUGGUACACCGUGAACAUGAGCCGGGCACAGAGUCUGGUGUGGGGAGAGGGCGAAGGAGCCAUGUUUGGUUCCCUGUCAACCUGUCACAACAAGUCCUCGUCCUUUUUCUGCACUGGAAGUGGAUCUGGGUGUCAUUAUCUUCACCUCCACAAGGGGGAGUGUCAGACUGAUCGAUACCUGGAGGGCUGUCGAGUGUACAAACCCCUCAAGAAUGGAAGUGAAUGUUGGAAAGAGGGAAAUGGCGGAGAAGAGGACUGGAGCGGGGAGAUGUUUGGUUUUCACAGCCGCUGCUUCUUCUCAAACCUGACCAGACAGAACCAGAGUGAGGUUCCUUUGUCCGGCAGCUCUGAGGAGGGUCGGUGUUACAAACACAGGUGUAGAGGACCCAACAGAUACCAAGUCCAGGUGUCUGGCUCUGAAUGGGAGGACUGUCCAGCAGGGGACACCGUUAAGAUAAAAGGAUAUCUGGGUUCGGUCCACUGUCCUGACGGGAGGUUAUGUCGGUACGAUGACAUCACUCCUCCCUCUAAUGAUGUCACUACAUUUCCUGCUUCUGCCACAAGUGACCCGUAUGAGGCUGUCCCGUCAGCGCAGGACUGGAGCUGGCCCCCCCUCAGACCCGCCGCGGAGCUGACUGCAGCCUCAGCGCUCUGCCUCACGGCGGCUGUGUGUGUCCUCUCUGCAGCCGUGGUGUGUUACAGGAAGUGUUGCUCCUGCAGGGUCCGGAUCCACGCUGCCUCGGAGCAUCACACUGAUCUGUAGCUAACACAGACUCCAAAAACUAUGAAAAAUCAGUGUUUGAUUGGCUUGUUUUUCCUCAGGAUAAAUCCUUUAUUUUUAUGAGAAAGAGAAAUAAUGGAUUCCAACAAAAAGUACAUUUUUUAUUAUUUUUGUAUUUAUAGAAUACAGCAAAGUCAUGAAAAGGUGAAUGUUUACCAGCUGGUUUACUAUUCCAUGAAUAAUGAUAAAAUGUAACAAAAAAAAUAACAUAAUAAAAGGAUAUGGCCAAACAAACUACAAACAUCAGAUGUAUUACUGACGGAAUCAUUAAAGAAAGAUGCAAUGAGUCACAGAGAAAUUAUCUUUUACUCUAGUUGACUGUAUUAUACUUUUUUAAUAUUAUAAACCAAAUGAAGUCGAAGUAAUAACAGUACUAUGUAAAGCUACACCAUGAGCCCAGAACGUUUCAUAAAUCAUCCAUAAGACAUCUUUUAAAAGUA